AUGAUUUGGUUUGGGUUGGAAGAAACAGUUGCACCUAUUGAACCUAAUGAAAUGGAGAUGUUAUGGAUUCCCAAGGAACCAUACAAGGGGUGGUGGAAUGUUGACACAGUUGCCCUACCACCUUUUCGCCUUGAAGGAAAGUUUCCAAAUGGGAUUAAUGUCUUCUUUCUCUUUUCUUCUGGCAUUGGUGGAGCGGAGGUUGCAUUGCAUCGCGUGGGAUUCCUUGAAGAAUGUGGUGUCCCUGAUAACAAAUAUUCAAAUAAAUCAUUAGAGAAGGAGGAGAAACUGUGGCUUCUGGUGGGUACGGGUUAUACCGCCGAGGAGGCUUUGACUGCUAUGGAUAAGUGUGGUCCAAAUACCCAAAUAGCUGAACUGACAGAUUUCAUAUAUGCUGCUGAACUGGAAAAGGAAUUGGAUGUCUGCACUAGAGAAUUACCUGAUGAGGAGGAUGAGAAGUCAUACUCACAUCCAAGGAACCUUGAAUUUCUCAGUAACAAGAAGAGGAAACUUUACAAAGAUGAAAAACAGGGAAGCAGAGAUCUCUGGCGAAGUUCGAAGAAGCAAGAGUGUGAAACCGAGGGGAGGAUAUACAUUCCUAACCCAAUGAUAGGAUUUUGUGAUCCUGAUGAAUCAUGGCCUAUAGUUGAGAGAAAGCUUCCGGAGGCAGCUAUAAGACCUCCCUAUUUUUAUUAUGAAAACGUGGCUCUUACUCCCCAGGGAGUUUGGAGUAAAAUAUCUCGAUUUUUGUAUGACAUUGAACCAGAAUUUGUUGAUUCUGUCUACUUUUGUGCUUGUGCAAGAAAAAGAGGUUACAUUCAUAACCUCCCAAUUCACAACCGCUUUCCUCUUACGCCAAGACCCCCGCGCACUAUACAGGAAGCUAUACCGUGGACAAAAAAAUGGUGGCCUUCUUGGGAUGGAAGAACAACACUUAAUUGCAUUCAUACCAAGAGUGGGAGCGCCAAACUCGCAGAAAGGAUAAGGCAAGCGCUUGAGAAGUACGAUGGUGAACCGGAACCUCCUCGCCAUGUUCAAACGUAUGUGCUUGCAGAAUGCAGAAAAUGGAAUUUGGUUUGGGUUGGAAGAAACAAAGUUGCACCUAUUGAACCUAAUGAAAUGGAGAUGUUAAUGGGAUUCCCAAGGAACCAUACAAGGGGUGGUGGAGUAUGUAAUGGAGAUCGAUACACAGCUCUGGGAAACUCCUUUCAGGUUGACACAGUUGCCUACCACCUUUCUGUCUUGAAGGAACAGUUUCCAAAUGGGAUUAAUGUUCUUUCUCUUUUCUCUGGCAUUGGUGGAGCGGAGGUUGCAUUGCAUCGACUUGGGAUUCCUUUGAAGAAUGUGGUGUCAGUAGAGAUUUCUGAGGUGAACAGAAAUAUUGUACGGGGCUGGUGGAAAGAGACAAACCAGUGUGGAAAUCUAAUUGAAAUUGCAGAUGUCCAAGAAGUCACCUGGGACAAGUUGGAGCAGUAUGUGAGCUUAUUUGGAGGAUUUGAUCUUCUGAUUGGUGGAAGUCCAUGCAAUAACCUCAGUGGCCGCAACAGAGUGAGCAGAGUUGGGCUUGAAGGUGAGCAUUCAUCUCUAUUCUACGAGUAUUUUCGCAUCCUCGACCUUGUUAAAUGUAUAAUGGGAUAA